AUGAUAGCCAUAUCUAUGCGGCUGAGAGCACUCAGAGAAGGAACAAGAAGAAUCCGAUCUGAGAGGACCUUUUUCUAAAGAUGUUUAUUGAAGAAUGUUUUGGAAAAUAGGAGUCUAAAGCAACAACCAAAAUGGAUCCACAGAGCAAAUCAUGUGAAAUCUAUAGUGUUAACUAAACCAUCCUGGUUUCUUAGGAACUACCACAUCACAAAUAAGAUAAACGAGAAGAAAACCUUGAUGGACGAUAGCCCUACCCAGCUUCUCAACAUGAUUAACCAUCUGAGAGAUAGAGAGGUGACAGAACCCUACACUACUCGGUAUAAAACAAUAAAACAGAAAAAGACGGAUUGUACUGUGAUAACUCUAAAACUGUAGUACCUUUUUUCAUCCAGGUACAUAUCCAUAAGUUGCUAUGGCGACAAUGUCAAGCAAGGUGUAGCUUACUAUAAUAGUGAGACGCUAUCUUUCAUACUUUCAUGUUUUUCUCAACAGUGCCUGUGAUCCUAUUGCAGAAAAGACGUUUUUUAGAUAUACAUUUCGGAAACCUUCAGUCGAAUUGACAUGGUUUGAGAUGUGUUUGAGAGGUCCGAUUUCGUAAAUCUCCACUUGAUAUGGCCCGCAUAGUCUUUCUGAAGAGGUUAAGAACACAUGUUUUAUUACCCUAAGCGAUCAGAUAGGUUCCAGCUAAAAGAAUGACCAUUUGAUCAUUAACGACUGUUUCACAAGUUAAAAUUUUCCUUGAGAAAUGUUAACACUAAUGAAACCUAUCUCAUCACCAUAUAUCUGUUCUUAUCUCCUGCUUCUUCAUUUGACAGAUAAGUGUACCACUUCCUGCAAAAAAUUGUCACAUAUUUUCACUCUUUUGAACAGUUAAAGUGCCUGGGAGAACUAACUCACUUAUUCCUAACCAAUCAAUUCUGAUCCAUCUGGAGUACCCAUCAGAUGACAACAUGGUCUCAAGGACCCCAAUUCAUGUUAUUGUCUACUUUUCGUAUUAUUCUUUAUCUCACCUCCUAGACUAUUUUAAUCUGUCCAUUCCAUAUCCCUCAUAUUCGCCGCCCCCCACCCUUAAAGUGGUCAUUCCGCAAUCAGAUUGUCCCUCCCCGAAAAUAGUGUCGACAGUAUUUCUCCCUCAGAUAUUCGCUAAGCAAAGCAGACACUAGUAAUAAUAAUGAAGGCUCUUGGGAAGGAUAUAGCUGUUAAAAAUGACAACGAAAAUAAUGAGAGAAUGGCACUGUUAAAGAAUCUGCGAAAGAAAAACGGAAGUACGGUAAGGCUCAGAGAUGUUAUAAUUUAGACGAAAGAUUAUGUAAAGUUUCAUCAGUCUCGAUAUUAAUAAACAUCAGAGGAAAUUUUACAUAA